AUGUCUGACCCGCUGAGCGCGGCGGCCAGCGUCAUCGGCCUGCUGACGGCUGCGGCCCAGGUCUCCAAAAUCCUCGCCGAUGUCAUCGAGAAGGCUCGCCACGCGCCAGACGAAUGCCGCAGGAUCAAGGCAGAGGUCGACGAGAUCCGGAACGUGCUGUCGUCGCUGCAGCUUUUCAUCGUCGGCAACGUCUGUGCCUCCAGGUCGAGGACCUCUCUUAUCAUGGUCGAGCAGGUGGUUGUGACCUUGGCUGCAUGUGUCACGGCGUUUUCGGAGCUCGACACCUUCGCUACGGCCCUACAGUCUGAGAUGAGAAUGAGCAUUCUCGAUCGACUGCGCUGGGUCACCAAGGAGAAGGAUAUCAAGCACGUGCUUGUUAGACUAGAGACGCACAAGAGCUCUCUGGCGCUGAUGCUUAUGAUAUUAACAUGGAUGAUGCAGAGAACAGGGUCAGCCACCUCUGCAAAGAUAGGAGCCUUCAUAAAGGAAAAAGGGACAGAUGUCAAGGACAUCUUUGCUGUUAGCGGACACCCUACUCUAGUGAUGCGCCUACAGACUGCUUUCGAAACGCCUCCGAAAUAUGGAACGAAUCAUUCUUUGGCGCCUUACUCGGUCCAUGAUGCUGCAGGCGUCUUAUUGCGAUACCUGAAGAGCCUUCCAGAGCCCAUCGUAUCGUACAGCCACUAUGAGCAGUUUGUUGACGAGAUAUCGCCGGCUAUGGAAGCGAGUUCGCACGACUGGGAAACCGAGGCGAUAAGCAUUGCCCAAAGGUCCAUACGGGCACUGCCGUCAUUGAGCCGUCAACUGUGGCUCUACUUACGGGAUAUAAUGGCCGUCUUUGCUAGCAAGUCAGACGACAACCAAAUGCCAGCACUGAGGCUGGUUAGCGCCUUUCAGCCGUCGAUCCUGUCAGGGCCGCCCGCUACCAUGGACGCCGACGCUCAUCACCUCACUAUUCGGAUAACGGUCUUUCUUGUUGAGAACCAGGAUCACUUUCUUCUGGGGCAAGAUUGA